AUGCAUGUGCGCAGUGAAGCUGUCUGGAAAGUCAAACCUCUGAGAGUUAAGGCCAGAUUAUGUGCAGUGAGACUGGGUGCCUUGGAUUCCACUAUUGUGGGAGAUGAAUGGGGAACUGCCCUGCAACUGAGUUUUGAUACCAAUGAACAGUCACUGGAGCAAGUCUUUUCCAAAUACGGACAGAUAUCUGAAGUGGUCGUGGUGAAAGACCGAGAGACCCAGCGGUCCAGAGGCUUUGGGUUUGUCACAUUUGAGAACAUAGAUGAUGCUAAAGAUGCAAUGAUGGCCAUGAAUGGAAAAUCUGUUGAUGGGCGUCAAAUUAGAGUUGACCAGGCAGGUAAAUCAUCCGAAAACAGAUCCCGUGGAUAUAGAGGGGGUUCAUCAGGUGGCAGAGGCUUUUUCCGUGGAGGCAGAGGUCGAGGGGGCCAUGGCUUCUCUAGAGGAGGUGGAGACAGAGGCUAUGGAGGAAGCAGAUUCGAUUCCAGAAGUGGUGGAUAUAAUGGGUCUAGAGACUACUAUAGCAGCAGCAGGAAUCAAGGUGGCUAUGGUGACAGGUCAUCAGGAGGGUCCUACAGAGACAACUAUGACAGUUACGCUACACAUAACGAGUAAAAAUCCUUCCUGACUCAAGAUCGUCCUUCCAAUGGCUGUAUUUAUAAAGAUUUUUGGAGCUUCGCUGAAAUCGUUAUUGUGUAGUACAUCUACUUGUAUUUUCACUUUUGUAGUAUUAUCAGUUCUGAUCUUGUCAAACACAGCCUGACAGCUUCUGAUAUAAGAUGGUCUGAUUAGACUUUUCUUUAAGAAAGCUCUGUUUCGAAGUGUUUUUAAUCUUUUUUGAAAGCACUACGGAUUUUAUUUUAUCCUCUGUGAUAAGCCAAGGUGUUUUUUUAAGAGUUGUGAAGUUGGGGCCCUAAUUCAGUUUUUUGAGAUAGAAAAGGACCUUUAAUUCAAUGUUCACUAGAAGCUGAACAAGCUGUGGACUUUAUAUUUUUUUUAAAAGUGCAUU